CCGAAAGCUAAAGCGUGGCAGGGGCCGGGCCGGGGAAGCGGAGGAGGCGGGUCUCCAUAGAAACCUCCACCUGUUUCCGGCCAGACUGUGCGAGAUUAGGGGCUGUUGCGGGGGCCAAUCUCAGCCAGUUCGCCUUUUCCCGGCGGCCCCUGCGGGAGCGGUGGGUGUUGUACACAAUCAUCAUGGCGGCGGCCGGAGCCCCGGAUGGCAUGGAGGAGCCUGGCAUGGACACGGAGGCAGAGACCGUGGCGACCGAGGCGCCCGCGCGCCCCCUCAACUGCGUGGAGGCCGAAGCCGCGGCGGGGGCGGCGGCCGAGGACUCCUGCGCUGCGCGAGGCAGCCUGCAGCCGGCCCCGGCCCAGCCCCCUGGGGACCCCGGGGCCCAGGCCUCGGUCAGCAACGGCGAGGACGCCGGCGGCGGCGCGGGCAAGGAGCUGGUGGACCUGAAGAUCAUCUGGAACAAGACUAAGCACGACGUGAAGUUCCCCCUGGACAGCACAGGCUCCGAGCUAAAACAGAAGAUUCACUCGAUUACAGGUCUCCCGCCUGCCAUGCAGAAAGUCAUGUAUAAAGGCCUUGUCCCCGAGGAUAAGACGUUGAGAGAAAUAAAAGUGACCAGCGGGGCCAAGAUCAUGGUGGUUGGCUCCACGAUAAAUGACGUUUUAGCAGUAAACACGCCCAAAGAUGCGGCCCAGCAGGAUGCCAAGGCCGAAGAGAACAAGAAGGAGCCUCUCUGCAGGCAGAAACAACACAGGAAAGUAUUGGAUAAAGGAAAACCCGAAGAUGUGAUGCCGUCUGUUAAGGGUGCCCAGGAGCGCCUGCCAACAGUACCCUUAUCCGGCAUGUACAAUAAGUCUGGAGGAAAAGUGAGACUCACCUUUAAGCUAGAACAAGACCAGCUGUGGAUCGGCACUAAAGAGCGGACGGAGAAAUUGCCCAUGGGCUCCAUUAAAAAUGUGGUCAGCGAACCUAUCGAAGGACACGAAGACUACCACAUGAUGAUGCCAUUUCACUAGCUAGAUGAAUGUGUCACAGCUCACCUUAGAGAAGGGUGGCUGCUUUUUCAUUUUUAGAGAAAUGUUAAGAAAAUACGGAAAUGAACCAAGAAACUAUAACAAACCCAUAUAUCCAUCACCAAGAAAUGACUUUUGUAAAGAUUUUGUAACUUGUUUUCAAUCUUUCUUUAAAUAAAAGGAAAAUCUGCCAACAGUGAAUGUCCCCAUUGUCUUCCCCUCCCCCACUGCCAUUAUCAUGACUUAUCACGCGGAUCCCCCAUCUCUCUCUGCAUUUUUACAUAUACUCAUGACCAAGAUACAGUAUUGUUUUGUGUUUUUUCAGUUUUCAUUAAUGGUAUCAUGGUAUGUAUCGUUCUGUAACUUGCCUUUUUUGGUUCAACAUUAUGAUCUGUCUGUAUUAACUCUAGAUUCAGUUUGUACCCUUUAAAAGGAAACCUAGUAUUCAUACGAGUAGGUCACUUUUAAUUUUGCGUUCCCUUACUGAUGGGUAUGUAGGUUGUUUCCAGGUUUUUAUGAUUUCUGACAGUGCUGCUUGGAACAUUCACGUCUGCCUCCUCGUGCAUGUGUGACUGUUUUCCUAGGGCAGUGGUUCUCCAGCUGCCCUCUGGAUCAGCAGUGUUACAUCACCUGGGAACUUGUUAGAGAAGCAGAUUCUCAGGCCCCACUCCAGCCCUCCGGAAGCAGGAACUUUUAAGGGCUGGAGCCCACCAGUCUGCUCGAACAAACCCUCCAGGUGGUUCUGCUGCCCUUGCGAGUUCGGGAACCACCGCUUUAGAAUCGGCUAUGCCGAACUCCCACCUUUUUACUUUCAUUUAUUUAUUUGUGUAUUUUUAGACAGAAGAAUGCUCCCCAUGUGCACAGGUUUUUUCCCCCCUUCCCUUUUUAAUUAACUCACUUCUCAGCCCUCCCCUGUGUUUGUCGUGCUGCCUGCUCAAUCUCCCCACCUCUGAAGU